AUUAUUAUUAUCACUGACGUCAGGCCGCGGGAGCGCGCACGUACAGUCACGUCCUGCGGUGUGUUCGUGUCGUGCUCGUGCAGGUGAUGUGACCCGCUGCUCUUCAGACUCGAGUCGUGAAGAACAUGAACGUGUCGUGAACCCUCAGACGCGUGUGUCUGGAGGAGGCGGCGCACACAGCGACCCGCUGCGGUCGUCAUGGAUUAGCCGUUAGCCGUUAGCCGAGCGACGACUGGACGAGGGACUUCGGUGCUAACACCGUUAGCUCGCAGCUAAAGACGCUGAGCCUGGACACGGUCGACUCACUGCUGCGACAGAUUCCUCGAGUCGUCUCAGAUCCUGGAGAGGUUUUCAGCAUGGCUCCGAAAGACGUGAUGACCAACUCUCACGCCAAAUCCAUCCUCAACGCAAUGAACUCACUUCGCAAGAGCAACACACUCUGCGACAUCACCCUGAGGGUGGAGAACACCGACUUCCCCGCUCACAGGAUCGUGUUGGCCGCCUGCAGCGACUACUUCUGUGCCAUGUUCACCAGCGAGCUCGCAGAGAAGGGGAAAUCAUUCGUGGACAUUCAGGGGCUCACUGCGACGACGAUGGAGAUCCUGUUGGACUUUGUCUACACAGAGACGGUGCUGGUCACAGUGGAGAACGUUCAGGAACUGCUCCCAGCAGCGUGUCUGCUGCAGCUCAAAGGGGUGAAGAGGGCAUGUUGUGAUUUUUUGGAGAGUCAGCUCGAUCCCUCCAACUGCCUGGGGAUUCGGGACUUUGCAGAAACUCACAACUGCCUCGACCUGAUGCAGGCGGCCGAGCUCUUCUCACAGAAGCAUUUCUCCGAGGUGGUGCAGCACGAGGAGUUCAUGCUGCUCGGACAGACGGAAGUGGAGAAGCUCAUAAAAUGUGACGAGAUUCAGACACUGAGGGUCAAAGCCCCGAACACACUGUCGCCUUCUUUACAUGGAACCUAUGGGGAGCGACCGCAUGGCGGAAAAAGUGGCUGCUCUAAAAAGGUGGACUCGGAGGAGCCGGUGUUUGAAGCCGUGUUAAACUGGGUCAAACACAACUGUAAAGAGCGGGAGCCCGUUCUGCCCGACAUGCUGGAGUUUGUCCGCCUGCCGCUGCUGACCCCGCGCUACAUCACGGAUGUCAUCGACGCCGAGCCUCUGAUCCGGUGCAGCCUGCCGUGUCGAGACCUCGUCGACGAGGCCAAGAAAUUCCACUUGCGUCCUGAGUUGAGGAGCGAGAUGCAGGGUCCACGCACACAAGCCAGAUUAGGUGCCAAAGAAGUUCUGUUGGUCAUCGGAGGGUUUGGCAGCCAGCAAUCACCGAUAGACGUAGUCGAGAAAUAUGAUCCAAAAACACAAGAAUGGAGCUUCCUCCCUAACAUUGCACGGAAAAGACGUUACGUUGCCACAGUGUCUCUCCACGACCGAGUGUAUGUGAUCGGAGGCUACGACGGUCGGUCGCGGCUCAGCUCCGUCGAGUGCCUGGACUACACGGCGGACGAGGACGGCGUCUGGUACACCGUCGCCACCAUGAAUGUGCGUCGUGGCCUGGCGGGCGCCACAACGCUCGGAGACAUGAUCUAUGUUGCUGGAGGUUUCGACGGCAGCCGGCGUCACACUAGCAUGGAGCGGUAUGACCCGAACAUCGACCAGUGGAGCAUGCUGGGAGAUAUGCAGACGGCUCGAGAAGGAGCAGGUCUGGUGGUGGCCAGUGGACUGAUAUACUGUCUCGGUGGAUAUGAUGGACUGAAUAUCCUGAAUUCAGUGGAGCGAUACGACCCACACACAGGCCACUGGACCAGCGUCACACCCAUGGCCACCAAGAGGUCAGGCGCGGGCGUGGCGUUACUCAACGACCACAUCUACGUGGUGGGAGGCUUCGACGGCGUUUCCCACCUGGACUCUGUUGAGGUGUACAACAUCAGAACAGACUAUUGGACGACUGUAGCAAGCAUGACGACGCCAAGAUGUUACGUAGGAGCGACUGUUCUCCGAGGACGUCUCUACGCAAUCGCUGGAUACGACGGGAACUCGCUGCUCAGCAGUAUCGAAUGUUACGACCCGGUCAUCGACUCCUGGGAGGUCGUCACCUCGAUGGCGACGCAGCGAUGUGACGCCGGCGUCUGCGUCCUGCGAGAGAAGUGAUCUUUGAGCCUCAGGGAUCAGAACCAGAACCAGAACCGGAACCACAGGGGAGACGCAGUUUGUGCCUCCUCCCUUCGCCAGUCGGACCGUGAGAUCCAGCUCCGCCUCCGAGGAGCCGUCACCACCUGCAUGACUCACUCUCAUUGGUGGAACCUGUCGCUGUCGUUACCUGUGAGAUUAUUUUUUUCAGAUCGUCCUCAAAGUGCAAUAUAUUUCUACUCAUCAUAAGAGUCGACUCUGCUGCUAUUUGCCUUACGACUGUGGCCGACGUCAAACAGUGAACAUUCAUGUUGCCUCGAGGUCAAGGGUCAAUGAUUCAACCCCCUUUUAUAAUACAAAGGUUUAUUACUAAUCGUUGCUCUCAGAUUAUAUAUUUAGAGAUGAAUAUUGUUUUAGAAAAUGACUGAAUUGUACCAGUUGAUUAUUUCCUCCCUCAGUUUGAGGAGUGUGAUAUUGUUUUUCCUCAGCUUAUGAAUUUGGACAUAAAGUCACUGAGGUAACGUGUUGAUGUGAUUGAUACGAACAAGUCUCAUCAAUGACCUCAUCGUUGACCUCAUCAUAACACGUGAAGAAUAUCCACCGAUUUCAAAAUGCAUUUUUAAAUCAUGAUGUAACUUAAUGUUACCACAAGUUCAUAGUUAGAGCUGAAUGUUUCCGCAUGGUUUCAUCCUCCGACCUCCCGAUAUGUCUUUUUAAUAAAAACAAGUAUUUUGUGA